AUGGCCUAUUUUGAUUCAGCAUCAUCAUUAGAGAAAGAUUUUGAUGACCAAACAAAUGAUGAAGAUUUUCUUAUCGCACUUCAAUUACAAAAUCAAUUUGAUAGGGAAGAAAAUGAAAAUGAAAAUGAAAAUAAAAAUGAAAAACAAUUGGAUAAAAUCACACAAAUACACCCGAUGAAUGUUGUCGACAAAGAAUGGGAGUUGAUCGAUCCUAAUCCUGAAAUUCAUAUAUUAUUUCAACAAUUUAAUCAUCAAUUUUUCUACCGAAAAUUAGAUAGCGUUUAUGUUGAAUGGAGUAAAAGAAUGACACGUUGUGCAGGUAUAUGUUAUUAUAGACGAGGUGGUGAAUGUCGCAUUGCACUUAGUGCUAGCUAUUUAACAUUGAGACCUCGAAAAGAUCUUGUUGAAACUUUAUUACAUGAAAUGAUACACGCUUAUUUAUUUGUUACUCAUAAUAAUCGAGAUCGUGACGGCCAUGGACCAGAAUUUCUUAAACAUAUGGUACGAAUUAAUGAUGCAACUGGAGCUAAUAUAACAGUAUAUCAUUCGUUUCAUGAUGAAUAUGAUCAUCUUCAUGGCCAUUGGUGGCGAUGUACUGGACCGUGUCGUCAGUGGAAACCUUUCUAUGGUUAUGUUAAACGUUCAAUGAAUCGAGUUCCAUCGAAUAGAGAUCGGUGGUGGGAUGAACAUGAACGACGUUGCGGUGGAAAAUUUGAAAAAAUAAAAGAACCCGAAAAUUAUAAAGCUAAAGAAAAUAAAAAACGAACUACGAAUGAAAUAACAUCAAAUAAAAAAAAUCAAGAUGAAUCUCAGCCAUCAACUAGUCAAAUUUCAUCACCAUUAAAGAAAAAGAAAAAAAUAACUGGUGAUGUAAAACAAAAUCCAGGAACAAUUGAACAUUUCUUCAAAAAAGCAACCUCUACAUCUUCUUUAAUUGAUAUGAAACAAUCUGAACAGAAGAAAACUAUUGAUACUAAUUCACAAGAAACGUCUUCAACCAUUAAAUCAAAUGCUAAUGAUGAAAAUAAACAAAAUUAUGUGAAAUGUUCAAUCUGCCAAACAUUUUUACCUAAAGCUAAUUUAUUUAUUCACCAAAUACGAUGUCAUAAAUAA